AUGAUAUUGCAUGGCUAGUUCACUAUCCACAGCAGCUUACUUUAGCAAGUAGAUCAGAGUAAGAAUAUUGGCAUUUUCUUGAAAAAAUUGUUCCAAACACAUCCCAAUUCUCAUACAUAUCCUACCCCACUUAUAAACAUAACCUUGUCUUUGAUUCUAACUUACAACACUCCCUAUUUUCAUUUCCCACCACCCCUUUUAUUCUUUCACACUCCAAUUAUUUCACAAUAAUUUGAGUAAUAAUUUUACAUUCACAAGUUCAUCUAUCUUUUGUUUUUUAAAGAUGAUGAUCAUAAUUUUGAUUCUAAUGUUUGGAUUUAUGGGAAGCAAUUUUAGAGUAAUUGAGAGUCAGAAGUUAGUAAGUGGGGAUGGUUUGAAGAUGUUUGUGGAUGAACUUCCUCAUAUUCCUAAAUUAUUUGGUUAUAAACAUGUUCAUGGAAGAUUAGUUUCCAAUUCCUUGACUAUUGGCAUGUUCCAAAAGACUUGGAAAUUUCACAGAGACCUUCCUCCAACACAAGUAUUUGCCUAUGGAACAUCCAAAAAGGCAGCAACAAUACCAGGUCCCACAAUUGAAUCCCUCCAUGGAAUAGACACAUACAUAACAUGGACAAACAAUCUCCCAAACAAGCACAUCUUACCAUGGGAUCGAACCAUCCCGACCGCGAUCCCACCCAAUCAAGAAGGUGUACCAACAGUGGUGCACCUUCACGGUGGGAUCGACGAGCCCGAAAGUGAUGGGCAUGGUCAUGCUUGGUUUACAAAUGGGUUUAAAGAAACAGGGCCGGGUUGGACUAAGAAAACUUACCAUUAUCAUAACCAACAACAACCUGGUAAUGCUUGGUAUCAUGAUCAUGCAAUGGGGUUGACUAGGGUUAAUCUUUUGGCUGGGCUUAGUGGUGCUUAUAUUGUUCGUCAUCCCCAAGUUGAGGAUCCACUUGGACUUCCGUGUGGUGAUGAAUUUGAUCGGGUUUUGGUUGUUUGUGAUAGGGAUUUUUAUAUCAAUGGAUCCAUCUACAUGAACACCACUGGAAACAAUCCAGAAAUACAUCCAGAAUGGCAGCCAGAGUAUUUCGGGACAGUAAUAAUAGUAAACGGGAAAGCAUGGCCAUACAUGAAAGUAGAACGUCGUAAAUAUCGAUUUAGAAUCAUAAACACAAGCAAUGCUCGUUUUUAUAGAUUUUACCUUACAAAUGGUGUUCCUUUUAUUCAUAUUGGUUCUGAUUCUGCUUAUCUUUCUGGGCCCACUUCUUCUAAACACACUCUUUUGGCUCCGUCUGAAAUCUCUGAUCUUAUUAUUGAUUUUUCCAACUUUAAAUCCAAUUUUGCGGUGCUUGCUAAUGACGCUCCUUAUCCUUUUCCAUCUGGGGACCCGGUGGACAAAUCAAGCAGCAAGGUCAUGAAAUUCAUCAUCAAAGGUCACCACGUAACCGACCCGGCUCGUAUCCCUUCAAGAUUAAUGAAAUACCCGAUACCAAAUUUAUCAACUGCUUCACAAACACGAUACAUUGCAAUGUACGAGUACACAAGUCCAUCAGACGAACCCACCCAUUUAUAUAUAAACGGGUUAUCAUUCGAUGAUCCAGUAACCGAGACACCAAAACCCGGGUCUAGUGAAAUAUGGUACGUUAUAAAUUUAACAGAGGAUAAUCAUCCACUUCACGUCCAUUUAGGGUUAUUUGUGGUGUUGGAUCAAAAAAAGAUAUUAGAAUUCGAUACGUUUAAAGAUUGUAUGGUUAAAUUGAACGAUGCACGUAAAUGUAAUGUACACAAAUAUGGUCGUGGAAAUGAAUUACGUGUUCCAAAACACGAAAGUGGGUGGAAAAAUGUGUUCAAAAUGUGGCCAGGUUAUGUGACUAAGAUUUUGGUGAAAUUCUCUUACAUCCAUUCAAAUGUAUCCUACCCUUUUGAUGCCACUAAGGAGCCUGGUUAUGUUUAUCACUGCCAUAUACUGGAUCAUGAGGAUAACGUUAUGAUGAGGCCGUUGAAAUUGGUAAAUUAGGACAUGACAACACUCAAGAUAUCUAGUGUCGUAUAGGCCGAGAAUACUUUUUGAUUUUACUUAUUUUGCAUCAUUUUAAAUUAAAAUAUAAAAGUUUUUUAAUUAAAAUAAUGCAAAAUAAGUAAAACAAAAUAAUGCUUUUUGUAACCGACAAAACUGAAGAAUAAAGUUUUUAUUUAUUUUUUACCAUUUUAGUUAAUGUUAAUCUUUGGAAUUAAGUAUCAAAUACAAAUAUAUACCACGAGGUCUUCUUUAGACUAACCCUAGCUACGUUGUGUAGUGUCAAAUAAUUGAAUAUACAUACUUGUAUUUUAAUGUGUAUGUGUGACACAAUGAACUAAGAAAAUGUGGUGUAUUGUGUUUAAUAAUAUAUGAAAAGCGUGAGACUUGUUUGAUUCUCAUUGAAAUUAAAUUUUCUUGAGAAUUAUAUUAUACGGAAAAUUUCUAGGAGUUAAAUAAUGUUGGUUGGCUGUAAUAUUUUUAAAUUAAUAUAAAAUUUGUAAAUUUUUAAGG